GAAAGAAAAGAAGAAAUUGGAAAGGCAUACAUGGAUAGAUGAUUCUCUCCACUUUCUUAGAGGUUCAACAUUUUCAGACUUCAUCCUUCAUGCCAAAGGAAUCUCACCUUUCUUCAUACAUCAUUGCAAAACUCUCUCCCCCCCCCCCUCUCUCUCUCUCUCUCUCUCUUUCUCCCUAACUGUUUGCUUGGCAUUAAAGCUCCAUUGGGAUCCCUCUCCCAAUACCCAGAAACAAACCUAAAGCUCUAUUUAAAAUGACUCAAGGAAUUUCAACUUACCUCUUCUUUUUUUGCCUCCCCUUCUGCUCCUCUGGACUAUCCUAUGAAGCAAGUUUCCCAACCAAAGCAGUGAUCAUUCCUCCAGAAAAUGAUCCAGCACCGGCAGUUGUCACCGUGCCAUCAUCGACCAAUCCUGUCACCAUAACACAAGUUCUUGUGCCUUUUCAAGAUCCUGUCAAUUUGCCGGGACCAGCCACCAAUCCGGUUACAACGCCGGGAACAAUUCCAGGGGCGCAGCCAGUCACCAACCCGGUAACAACUUACCCAGCUCCAUCAGCAGGAGUGCCCUUGAUGACAGCUCCUCCAGCUGCAGUAACCGGUGAUCCUGCAGUUUCAGGGCAGGGCUGGUGUGUGGCAAGGAGUGGCACACCGGAGGCUGCACUUCAGGCGGGGCUUGAUUAUGCCUGUGGGAGUGGAGGUGCUGAUUGCGCAACGAUCCAGCAGGGCUCCAGCUGCUACGAACCAAACACGCUCGAAAACCACGCUUCCUACGCCUUCAACAGCUAUUAUCAGAGGAACCCUGCUCGAUCCAGCUGUGACUUUGGAGGGACAGCCAUGAUAACCAACGUGAAUCCAAGCUCCGGCACCUGCAUUUAUCCAUCCUCAUCCUCAUCCUCAUCAGGUCCAUCUCCAAUGGCAGGGACGAAUCCAUCGCCAACAACAGCAUCGUCAUCAGUACCAGCAUUACCUGGCUUCAGUCCUCCUCCCCCAGUGGUAAGUACAGGCAAUCCUCCUGCCUCAGGCAGCACAGCAGAGUUCUAUGGAAGUCCCCCCAGCAUUGCCUCUUCAACAUCCAUGGCCCCCAGUUUACAACCCUUCAUUGGCUGCGCCAUUCUAGUAACAUCUCUAGCCACGGCAAGAUUAAUCUCGGUCCAGUAGACGCAUAAUGUCACCAUGGACAACCGAAAGAUCAGAAGAAGAUCUAGGCCAUUCCAGACCAUACAGAUCGAUGGUCACAAGAAGACAGACACAAGUAGUGAUAGUGAAGGUCUUUAGGAACAAAUAUAACAGCUAUAUAUCCUGCUCAGACACUAGCCAGUUUUCUAACAAGUGAAGAUGUGAUGCUAAAUGUAGUGCCUAGGUUGAACAUUGUACGUAUGAAGUAUUGCUUUCAUGUUAGGUUGCAAACAUGUGUGUUAUUAUAUGAAGACAGCCAAGUUGGGUUCUAGAUAAAA